AAUAUUAUUCCUAUAUCCCAGUAUAUUUUUUACGAUUAAGGGAUUUAAGUGUUGUGUAUAAUACUCUUGUUAUGUGUCACCAGUUUAAUUAUUUUUAUCAUACUCUCAAUAAAAAUGUAGUUAUUUUCAUCUCAUUAAUUUUCAUCAGUUACAUGAUGUUUAAUGACUAUUUUACCACUUUAAUUAAUGAUCGCUUGAAUUAAUGGUCAUGAAAAUUUCAAUGGUUCUUCAAAAAGAAAUAUUCUUCAUGAAAAUUUAUAUUGUUUUUAUGAUUGUAUUUGCGUUUUCACACAUCAGCCAUGGCGAAAAAAGUAAUAGUACAAUUAAAUCCAUGAUCGUCCAAGAAAUUAUGAAAAAAGUAUCUAAUAUAUCAAUGAAUUCGCUAUCGAAAGCCCCAGCAGAGAAAAAAGAGAAUAUUCUAAAUAAAAUUGAAAAUAAAUUAAGGCAAUCUGCCAAAGCUAUGGGCGCUGAUGCAGAUAAAUAUGUUAAAUUUAUAAUGGAUGAAUUUAAAUCAAAAGCAAAUGAACAACUUAAUAAGCAUGCUGUGGAAUCGCAACGGAAAUCUAGUUCUCAUACUGACGCAAAACCGCAGUCACGAAGUGUUAUAGACAAGAACACAAAACAACAAAUAAUCAAAGAAAUUGCAGAUAAAAUCCAAACUCUAGCCAAAGAAUUUAUGAAGAAUGCAAAAACUGUUGAAAAGAAAAAAGAAGUUUUGGAAAAGAUUAGGAAAAGGAUUGUAGAAUCGGCGAAACAGAAACACAUGCAAAUCCAUAACAAGCAUGAGGAGCUAAAAACAUAUAGCAGUCUGAUUGCGCAGGGACUUGAAGUAUCCAUGCGGAAAAUGUUAGAUGAAGAGAAUAAAGCGAAUGCACGACGAAUGCAACCUGAAUCCAACACAAAUAAUAUUCCAGUUGUCAGUAGUACUACUACGCUCGAACCUCUAGUAGAAGACGUCGAUAUAGAAGUAAAAAAAACUGAAAGCCAUGGAAACUUCGAUUUUGAUAUAGCCAAAACGUCGAAAUUUAUGUUCGAUCUAACAGAAAUAAACAAGUAUAAAGAGCUUAUCGCACAAUCUUUAAAUGAUACUUCUAUAGAUCCACGCUGCGAUGAAAUUGUAGAAGAAACGUGUCUUAACAUUCAGUCGUUUAAUCAAAUAUCAUGUGGAGAUGGUAAAAGCGUUCCUAUAGAAUAUCUAUGUAAUGGAGCUGUUGACUGCUGGAACCACAUCGAUGAAGAAAACUGUACUACGCAAGCAAUGGAAAAAGUGCGGAAAGCCACUGCAGUAAUGACGGACAUAGAAGCGUCUUUUAACCGUCAAUGUUUUGCGUCAACUACGGACGGUACUAUUCUCACAGCACAGAACCAAAUUUUGAGGGAUGUACUACAAACCCAAAUGGAUUUUUUACAGCAUCAUAUCAAGGCCCCAAAUGCAAGAAGUGAAAAUAAAGACAAAAAUCAUGUGGAUGACAGUUUCGUUAAGAAGACAGUUAGCGACGUGAAUUUGAUUUUAAGUACUCUUUCAUACGCUUUAGAUGGAACACUGUGCGCACAGCAUAUUGACCCAUAUCGUACAGGAAAUAGCGUGGCUCGCAAGUACAAUGAUAUAGAAGUUGACCAACUGGAUGACGGGCCUCAUGAUCCCGCAUUUUCUCCGAAGUCAUGUACUUGCAAAAAUCAAUAUUGUGAAGGUAAAAAAUGUGAUGCUCCAUGUAAGCGAGUAUGCUGGCAAAUGUACAGUUUAAACCAUUGGGGCUGUCAAGCCAUAAAUGGGGCAACAAGCGUUUCAUUGAAUACUAUCUGCGAUGGGAAGUUAGACUGCUUUGAUGAAACUGACGAAAGUAAUUGUGCAGUAAUAGAUUCUGGGACUUCCAAAUUUGGCGUCAGCGCCACAUAUAGUAAAUUACUAGAUUUAUUAUCAACCAAAUCAAAAUCGUACGAAUUUAUAAAAAGUCGAAAUAAGUUGGUUGAACUGCACGGAUUAGUUCGCCAACUCCAGAAGCAGACAAUGAGAACGAAUACUGACUCUCACACUAUUAAAUUACUCAGAGACGACGCUUUUAAUCUGCUCGUGUCGAUCUAUGAAGAUCUGUCACAAACGAUGAAACUCCAAGAACUAGACGAUGCUUACUUGCUUUUGUUAUCCAUCAAUGAGAAACUGGUAACUGCACUGAAGGGUAGUCACGCUGGAAACGAAAACUUAAUAUCACCAGCUAGCUGUUACUGCAGAGGUGGUCUUUGCGCUCUACGCAGAUGUAAUCGGAACUGUGUCCAAGCUUGUUUGGCGGAGCCGGUGUUAACCAGAUACGCUUGUAAUGUACAAAACGUUACAGUACCCGUAGAAAACAUAUGUAAUGGAAGAAAAAACUGUCCGAAUGGUGAAGAUGAAAAGAACUGCAAAAAAGAUAUUUGUCGCGCGCAUCACUUGGUCCUGUUACGUCAUAAUUUACAAAAUGUAGGUGCGAAACAUAGAGGGACAGUUUUGGGAGAAGUUAUAGAAACUUGGCGGGCUAAGGUAUCAGCAUCCUUGUAUAUCGCCGAGAAGCCAGAACGACCUAAUCAUAACUCAAUGAGUGAAAUCAUUAAUCGAGUUCUUCACGACCUGGUGAUGGCGUUUGCGGCCAUGGAGGAUUACAGAAGAACAAACUCUGAUUACGCGCUGAAAGAAUUCAUAGGCAUAUCUAAAAUAGUCAUGGAUACAAUGAAGUCUUGUAAUAAUUAAACCGUGUUUAUUGACUUAA